AUGGCAGACCCCACGCGCCCUGAGCCCCCCGAUGGGGGCUGGGGCUGGAUGGUGGUGCUGGCCGGCUUCCUCCAGUCAGCACUGGUUUUCGGGGUGAUCCGCUCCUUCGGCGUCUUCUUCAUGGAGUUUGUGGGGUACUUCGGGGAGCUGGCGGGACGUGUCUCCUGGGUCACCUCCAUCGGGAUCGCGGUGCUGCAGCUAGGGGGUCCAGUGAGCAGCGCCCUCAGCACCCAGUACGGCGCCCGCCCCGUGGUGAUGGCCGGGGGUGUCCUCUCGGGGCUGGGCAUGCUCCUGGCUUCCUUCGCCACCAGCCUGACCCACCUGUACCUGAGCAUCGGGCUGCUCUCAGGGCUGGGCUGGGCCUUGGUUUUCACCCCUUCCGUGGCUUCUGUGGCCCGGUACUUCGCCAAGCGGCGGACCUUCGCCACGGGCCUGGCUGUCUCAGGGGCGGGCCUGGCCUCCUUCGCCUUCUCCCCACUCUUCCAGCUGCUGGUGGACACCUACGCGUGGCGGGGAGCCCUCCUGGUGGUGGCCAGCAUCUCCUUCAACCUGGUGGCCGCCGGGGCCCUGCUGCGGCCGUUGGAGCCAGAGGGUAACAAGGCGUCCGCGCCGGAGGCGGGGUGGCUGUGGCUGCCAGCCUUCUCCUCCCUCUGCCAGCCAAGCCUGGCCUGCCACAGGCCCUUCCUCCUGUUCGCUGCAGCCUUCGUCCUGGUGGACGCCGGCUACUACGUACCCUACGUCCACCUGGUGCCCCACGCCCGGGAGCUGGGCUUCGACGAAUACCGAGCCGCCUUCCUCCUGUCCUCGGCCGCCGUGGCCGACCUGUGCGGCCGCGUGGCGGGCGGCUGGCUGGCCGACCGCUUUGCCGUCCGCCUGGUCCACAGCCUGACCCUCUGGACCGUCCUGACGGGCCUCUCCAUGGUGCUGCUGCCGCUGGGGCAGAGCUACCCCCUCCUGAUGGGCCUCUGCAUCUGCUAUGGCUUCUGCGCCGGUGCCCUGGUGCCCCUCCAGUUCUCCAGCAUGGCGGAGAUCGUGGGAACGGGGUGCAUCAUGGAGGGGAUUGGGCUCAUGCAAAUGAUGGAAAGUGCUGGCUCCCUCGUGGGGGCCCCUCUGUCUGGUUGGCUGCGGGACAUGACUGGGGACUACACAGCCUCUUUCAUUGUAGCAGGGGCUUUCCUCCUUGCUGGAAGUUUGCUCCUUCUUGCCCUGCCAAAUUAUUUCUCCUGUCCCAUGGACUCGACAACUGAAGAGGAGACCAUGGGGGACCCCUGA